AUGGAACCUACGGGCCCUCCUGCGCGUCCGCAGAGAAUCAUCAGGAACGCCGCCCAUUUCCACCAGUUGGAGGCAGAGGCCAGAGCAGCGGCGCUUAGCGGUGCUAACGCAGGAUACUGCGGUGACUUCCCAGAAAACGAUGAUGACGCCCAGGGCGUGUUGAUUGACGAGAUGCUGGAGGCAAUGGCCAAUACCGCUGGCGUCGUUGACAAUGACAGCUCUGACGUCAAGGUUAUUCGCGAUCUGCCUAGAGAUAAACAGGAAAUAAUGGCAUGGAGGGCCCUGUUCAAAGUCCGCGACACCCAGCAAGGCCUUCACAACCCGGAUAUUCUGACGGCACGCUUCCCCGACUUCACGAGUAGGUGGAAGGCAGUUUUGGCCCUUGUGCGCUCCAGCAAGGCCGGAGCCACCCAGUUUUUCGCGGUGCACUACCUGGACCGCUAUACAGCGAACCCUAUUAUGGAGCUCAAUACGAAAAUAUCAAACAACAACACGAACAGAAAUAAGGACUACAACUAUGAGCUCAAGGCAGCCAGGGAUCAUGGUCAAAUCGUCACGAAGUUUGAUGAUCGCGCCGAGAUCAGAGACACCUCGGGAACGCUCCUCAAAACAUUGAUGAAGCCGAGGAAACGCGUCCUGAGCGAGUUUCUUCCCCCGGAACUGGCUCAGUCCCCGGCGGCCAAGGUGAAACGUUCUAGGGGAAGUCGCAGGGGCAUGGGAGCUUCUGCAAGUCCGGUAGGUGUGUCUUCUGUUGCCAAUGGAGGACAGACUACCGAGAACCACGCUGCGAGCUCCCUCCACGCUAUUCAAGAGGAAGAAGCGUACGAGCCUGUUCAUGCGGAUUCCUCUAGCGUCCCCCUCGGCGACAAUCAUUCGAACCGUCAACACCUCAACGCCGAUAAUUUUACUAUGAACUCAUCCCAGACCGAUGAAGUCCCGACUCAAGCAUUUCAGAGCAACGCCGACUACCCACGCGCCGAACUUUUUGAUGACGAACUGUUCAGUGGCGACCAAAGUAAUACCGACCUGAGCUACGCCGACCUGGAUAACGCCUACCUGGACAGUUCUGAGCAUGGCCGCCCCAACUACAGUGGCGACAACUUGACCAACAGCUUGAACGACACGGUCUUGAACAACACUGGCUCCAAUAGCACUGGCCUUCACCCAAGCAUCGCCACUCUCGGGAACGCAGGUCAGCAUCACAUGCCGCAUCAAACUCAGCUCCCAUCCCUCGAGCGGGAUCACAGCAACACCAACUAUGGCGGUAACGAGGCUGGUUUCAGACGUACAGCUGUAAACCGAUCUGGUCGUGUUAUCCAAAAUGCGGCUGGUGCGAGUUGGUGGGUAGAGGAUAGUUCCUCCGGCGAGUGA